AAUACAUCUAUAAUACAUACACGGCGUUUAAAUAUUUCAUAUCGACUUUUGCUUAUUACAUUUGGUAGCAGACUACAUUUGGAAACGCGCGGGAUAUAUAACUAUCGUCGUUAAGGCAAACCAGUUAUUCCGUCUGAAAAGCCGCAACCGCGAAUUUCCAUUCAUUGAUUGUAAAGAGAUUAGAAAACAUUUAAAAGAAUACUCAAUCAAGGCGUAUGUGUUUAAAUCGCGUGGAGAUUUAACAUUAUCGAAAUUAAUCAACCAGCUUUAUACUUACCAGCCGCUAUCGGACGGAAAAUAUUAAUACAUGUAACAAUAAUCUUAAAACUCAAACACAACGGAUUAAAGUUUCGGCGACACAAGCGUUAAAUACAAUUUAGUUUUUGGGGAUUUCUUAAACGGUUCUUAUUUUUUCGAUAUAAGAAUAAACGUUACAACAGUAUUAUAAAAAUGUCGAUGGACUUUAGAAAAACUACAUACAGACCGACGCGGACUGACAAUCGUUUUCGAACCAGUUACUCGCUGAUGUCACAGUGGAUGAACCGGAAAGGGUCCGGCCAGGCAUACCGGAAGGAGCCUCUUCCACAGACCUUCCAGCUCGCCAUGCAGGGCAAUGCAGCCUUUCCGAAACGCAACCCCGUUUUCUCUGCGGGGUCACAAGAUCGCUAUGAGCCCGGCCGCUACAUGCAGCAGUACAAGGGCAUGUCACAGUCCAUGGACAACUUGGCCUCUACAGAGGCACAACAGAUGGACCCUCUCGUCGCCAACGUCACCGCCAGAAACGCUGCCGUAAGUCACGUGGAUGAAAGUGUUCCGGUGCAUCUCCGCUUCAACGAGCGGGCCGGAUAUGACGAUUUCCACAAGAAUUUCCAGCAGGUCAGCCAACAGUUCCCCACAUCGAGCUAUCCGGAUUUCGGACCACCAAGAUUGCGUCACGGUCGCGCGGGCGGAAGCUGGCGUCACGUUAAGGAGGUACUGCAAGCUGGUGGAGCAAGAAUCGUCUUCGUUGACGGAGUGAUCCGGUGGGCGGACGGAAUCAAGAUAGACGAUGUGCCGGCGGGGCAUCUGAUCAACCCGAGGGUCGGGGACAUCAAGUCCCGAUACAUGACACCCAGCAAACAGCAACCUAGUGCUUCCCGCGCCAAAACCCCAACCGAGAGUUUCACGGAGUAUCUCGUUAAAAACGAGUUUCACCAGAAGAAGCCGACAAUUUGGCGCAGCGUCACAGACAUUCCCGAUUUUAUAUCGUGGGGGAAACCCAAAUAGCUGACUCGCAAGGCAGUAUUUAGUAGAGAAAAUAUUUGAAUGGGCACUUAAUCAAAAGUUAGGCAUGGAAAGGAACAAUUAUCUCAUCAUGCGCUAAAAUCAUGACGUCAUCAACAAGUGACGAUUUCCACGGAAAUAUGUGAAACUGUGUGAUACACGACAGUAUUAUUUAAAUAAUUAUAUGUUUAUCAACAUUUUAAACAGAACUAUUUGAAUGUUUUCUUUCAUUUUUUUCAUUUUUUUAUGAUUUUCAAUUUCUUUUUAUUUUGUUUCUAUAUUUAUAAUUUAUCAUAAUUCGAAAUGACUAUAUAUUUGUUGUGGGUCAUUUUGUUCACUAUAUUUAUCAUUUUAAUGCUAUGCACUUGACAGGGCUAAUGUGAAUUCCCUAAAACCUGUAAAUUGAACAACUUCUUCACGACCAAUUGAGUAUCGUUCUAGGAAAACUUGGCUUAAUGCAUGUGUAAAAAUGUCAUCCCAACUUAGCCUGCACAGUCCACACCGGCUGGUCAGGGACGACACUCUCAUCGGAGAAUUGUAGAUUUAAAACGUUAAUAGUGAUGGGUCUAUAGUAUGGAAAACUCUCCAUGUGAAGGUAUAUAGAACAAUAUAUAGAUUUUAUAUCGUUUUUCCUUAUCCAACGUAAUUAUUCUACACGGUAUAAAUUGUUGUUUGACUGGAUUUCAAUGCCUUGUACAUGUUCUAAACUUGCUCAAAUGCUCACAAUUUACAUUUUAAUUGUUGCGUCGUUUAAUCAGUAUUAUUUUAAAUAAAUUAAAAAUAUAAUUUUCCAUUCA